AUGGGAUCCAACAGAUUCCACCAUCGCGCCAGAACGGGCGACCUCGAUGCCGCGAUUCAAGCAGCAGCCGUGGUUGUUUGGGCCGUCCCAACGUCUCGCGGAUGGCUCUUCCCCAUCCUCUGCACUGGUCUCGGAGGAGACCGUGAUUGCGCGACUUGUGCAGCAAUUCACUUCCAGGUCAGGUCAUGGGCAAAAGGAUUCAAGUCUGACGCAGACAACGCAGGGCAGGGUUCGUCCAGACAUGCCGCCACGGCCUAG